AUGGCGUUAAUCAAUCCGCUUGGGAUGCGCCAUCACGAUCACUUCAAUUCAGAAUCAUUUGAGGUUCACGAACGUGUAACUGACUUAUACAAUUACUUGCUGGAGCUAUCUGAUGUGUCAAGACGAAUCCGAACCUCCGAUCGAUCGUUCAGCCACAGCGAAGCAUCUUACCGACUGCUUUACACCCGCCAUGGAGAAGUGAUUGAUGUUUUCUCAAUGAACGAUGAUGAACGAUGA